AUGAGUACCAUACAGAAUAUCAAGAAUUUCAUUAGGCAUGGCAAGCAGGCCCGUCUUGUCACCCCUCAUUCAGAACCCACAACCGAUGUUUCCACCAUCCAUGCCGAGCAAGAACCUCAACCACCUGGCCAAUACACACCUGCCCUUGAGGCUUUUGGUCCGGAAGGUCGAGAAAAUGCGCUUCAGAAACCCGGUUCUCGCGUCAGGCAGGAUCGCUCCCAAGAAAUUGAACGUCUCGUGGCAGAGGAGAACCUCACUCGGUCGAAAAUGCCUAAAUACCCUGGUUUAGAUCGUUGGAUUCUGAUGGAGAAGAUGGGCGAUGGCGCCUUCAGUAACGUCUAUCGUGCCAAGGAUACAACCACAGAAUACGGCGAGGUGGCUAUCAAAGUUGUUCGCAAAUUUGAACUGAACAGCAACCAGCGAGCGAACAUUCUCAAGGAGGUUCAGAUUAUGCGCAAUCUCGACCACCCCAAUAUUGUCAAAUUAAUCGACUUCUCUGAAUCUAAGCAAUAUUACUAUAUUGUCCUCGAACUUUGCCCUGGUGGUGAAUUGUUCCACCAGAUCGUGCGUUUGACAUACUUCAGCGAAGAUCUGAGCCGCCACGUCAUCCGACAGGUAGCAGACUCGAUUGAGUAUCUACACGAAACAUCUGGAGUUGUUCACCGUGACAUCAAACCGGAAAACCUCUUGUUCUACCCCAUUCCGCAUGCUCCCAGCAAGAACCCCAAGCCCCAACAGCCUGGCGAUGAAGAUAAAGAAGAUGAGGGAGAGUUCAUUCCUGGUGUCGGUUCAGGUGGUAUUGGCAGGAUCAAGCUUGCAGAUUUCGGUCUGUCCAAGGUGAUUUGGGAUAGCUCAACGAUGACCCCUUGUGGCACUGUCGGAUACACUGCCCCAGAAAUUGUCAAGGAUGAGCGGUACUCCAAGAGUGUAGACAUGUGGGCCAUGGGCUGUGUGCUCUACACUCUUCUCUGUGGUUUCCCUCCGUUCUACGAUGAGAGUAUUCAAGUCCUCACCGAAAAGGUUGCACGCGGUCAAUACACCUUCUUGUCACCCUGGUGGGACGAUAUCUCCAAGUCGGCCCAGGAUUUGAUUUCACACCUUCUCACUGUCGACCCCGAGAAGCGUUACACCAUCAAAGAGUUCCUCGACCAUCCUUGGAUCCGCGGAUCAGACGAGGCAACGACUGCUGCGGCCGACGCACCCCCUCUAGCAACACCCUAUUCCCGAAACGAAAACGGCACCCAACAACUCGACUCCCAGUCCGCCGAACACGGCCCCUACCAGCCCGCCAGCGCCCGCUUCCUCGACCAACCCUCUCAAGCCGCAGAACGCCGCAUGGACUUCCGUUCACCAGGCGCCUUCAACCUGCGCGAAGUCUUCGACGUCGGCUACGCCGUGCACAGACAAGAAGAAGAGAGUAAGCGGCGUGCGCGCGCCGCCAAUCGCAGUGGCGUAGCCGGCUUCCAAUCCGCCCUGGGUGCGCUCAACGAGACAUACGACAACGAAGCCGAAUACAGCCACAACCUCGGCGGCGAGCCCCCGGCAAAGGUCGCCAAGUCCCAGGGCGAAAUGGCCGGUAUGGAAGCAAAGCUCCGUUCCACAAACCUGGGCCAGAGCAGCGCUGCACAAGCACGCGCACCACCCGCACAACAAUCGAAGAAUCAGGGCUACGGCAUGCACGAUGCGAACGUCGCCAAUGCCGCGAAGAACAGUAUCCGCAAGCCGAACCAGCCCUUCGAGCUUUCCCUCAACGGCUCGACCUUGCUGGAGAAGAGGGGCCGUCGUCACCAACCCGUCGUAUAG